AUGUAUGAUAGGCGACUCUAUUGUCACCUUCAGACUCCCGUGGGGGGGGGGAAGACAGACAAGUAUCAGACUAUCCUGCUUGACUCCCCAGCCAUACAAUUAGAGGUAUGCAAUACCCUUAAUCCAGAUACACUCUUGCCCCAGGUGGAUACUGAAUUUGAUCAACCUCUCCCAAAUGCUGACUGUGAAUGGUUUACAGAUGGCAGUGGCUUUAUGAUGGAAGGUCUGAGAAAGGCAGGAUAUGCAGUGGUCAUAGUGUGGGAAGUUAUAGAAGCCAAACCACUACCAGUAAACACUUCUGCUCAACUGGCUGAGCUGGUAGCUUUAACGAGAGCCUUACAGCUGGCUGCAGGACUAACAGUAAAUACACAGAUAGCAAAUAUGCCUUUGGAAUUUUGCACGCCUACGGAACUUUAUGGGAGGAAAGAGGAUUAUUAA